UAUUCUACGCUCAGUCGACCUCGAAAGCCUGAGGAGAACGGCCGCCCGUCGCCAUCUUGCACAGUGUUGUGAUAUUUCGGAACUUUGUAAAUAUUAUCGAUAAAAAUACCAGUGUGACGUUGUGUUUAUCCACAAGUUAGUGUUCGAAUGGAGAAUUAUUUUUGGUCAUAUUGUGUUUAUAUUGCAUGUUUUAAUUCUGAAACUUUGUGAUCUGUGAGUGCCUUUUCACGUUUUAGUACCGCUCGACUUAUCGCCUGUGGCACAAUAGGAUAAUUUUGUCUAGAUAUUUGACGCAAAAUGCUGUUACUAUCAGUGAUUUUGCUGAUGUAAACAGGCGAAAACUGGACGGAUGAUUCAAAACAAUAUACGGAGAUAAGCGUACCGAUGAAAUCAAAAGGAAAACCGCCGAGUUGACGAUAGCCGAAACCAAAGUCGAGCGGUACCAAAAAGCGGGUACCGAACCGAUACCCAAUGAGUGAUGAAACCGGUACCAAGUCAGAUGCCGAAGAUGGCGAUAAGGUAGCCAAAGACGAGAGCGAAACGAAGAACCGCGAAGCGAAAGAGACAAAAACUGUUUCGUUCAAUCAAGACGUUCACGUUAAAAGAUUCGGUAAACCGCGUGAAUCGCGGGGCACCUCAUCUGAACAAGUACGAAAAGAACCAUUCACACAUUUAUCAAAACAGGAGCUGAUAGAUGAAGCUAACAAAGUAAGAGCACAAGCUGAUAGUGUGACUUGUACUGCAGACCAUCCACCAGAGAAAUUUUUUUCACUACCACAUAGAAAAAAAUUCAAGGAAGACAGGGGGAGAAGAAAUAGUGACGACGGUACAGAAGGUACGAAAACUACACUUGGCAGAUCAACCAGUGAUGUAAAUCCUAAAAAGAGGAAAGAACGUACUUCUCUAUCAACACUAUUCAGGAGGGCGCAAAGAACAAAAAGCCCAGACACACCAGUGGUUGUAACAACUAAACCAGUAGCCGUAGUUAAACGUAGCAAAAGUGACGUUACAGACUUAAAGUCGAACACUAACAUAACUCCACAAUCAAAACCUAUUCGUAAAAGAUCUGGUAGUGAGACCGAAGAAUUCUUAAAGUCCCUUAGAAAUAAAAAAGCUCAGCUGUCUCCAAUAAUCGAAAGCUCUCCUAGAGACGAUUAUUUUAAGAAAACUCCGCCACUAGAAAUUUUUCAAAAACAAAAGCUAUCACAAAAGCAGAGUAACAAAUCUGAUGAGCAAAGUACUUUAAAUGACAAUAGAAAAGUAAAUCCCGUAGAAAAACCCCCCAGAUAUAAAACCCCUGAUAAACAAGAGCCUAAACCACCAGCUAGAACAAAAAGGGGAAAAUCAUCAGAAAAAGAAAAAUCUCCUUCGAUAACAGAAACACCUAAGCGCAAAACAGACUUGAAGAAAACACUUUUGGUAGAUGAGAUCGAUUCUAUCAAAGCAAAAGAUAUUCAUCCUGUUGAAGUUAAGGAAAAAAUCAAAGAGAGUAUCAGAAAAAUUGAAGAAAACGUAUAUGGUGAUAAAGAAAUGAUACAUAGCAGCCAACAGCCACCUGAUAAACCACCAUUAACUCGAGGGCACACUGUAGAUCAUAUAGUGAAAAUACUUAAAGAAGAUCAGUUAUCUCCUCCUCCGAAAUCCCAUUUGAUCUCACCGACAAACGGAACCAAUACAAGUCAACCAUUCUCGUAUAUUAAACCUAGUGUAAGUCCUGAUCCCAAUUUAUUUAUUAGAAAUACAAGCCCAGAUAGAGUACCUACACCGGUCAAUAAAAUGACGGAUAAAGGCGUAGUAUAUGCUCAAGUAGUAAGAGAUAAUGGAGAUACUGGUACUAAUGGAGUUGGUAAGCAGACUAUCCAUAAAACUUAUACACCUCCAAGAGAAAAGUAUGGAAAUUUCUCAGAUGAAGAUGAAGGUUUAGGUUACGAAGAACGCUAUAAAAACUCUAUUAAUCGUUUUGAUUAUAACUAUAAAAAUGAGAACGAAAACUACAACAGCAUGGAAGGGUAUAAAAUCACAGAUUCUCCUAUAAGACCGAAAUUUAGGGAAUAUAAAUUAAAAAGUUUUGAUGAUUUUGAACCGACCUAUGCCAAUGAAUAUCCUAUCGAAAAUGAUAAAUCUCACGAUUUUAUUGAUACUUACCGAGGAAGAGCUGAUGGUAUGGAUACUAAACGAAAACAGUAUGAACAUGAAAAUACUAAAAUAGAUUUAGAUUUCAACGAACUAAGUCACAGACGAAAGCUUCUAGAAUCGAGAAUAAAUGCUCGAAGAAUCGAUCGGAUUGAGAAUACUUUUGACAGAAGAGAAAGAAUUAAUACAGAGGAACCCAUUUCAAGAUAUCUAGUUGAGACUGAUCCUAUUUAUGAAGCAGAAAAGCGUAGAAAAGCUACGGAAAAAUAUGUGAAUGAAACUGCAAAAUAUUACAGACAGACUUUAGAAAGAGACGGCUUUACUGAGAGUAGUGUUACUGAAGACUACAGUAAAUAUGACUCUGAUAACCAUAAAGUGAAAUACAAUACGGAAACUAAAACUUUUCAGAAAAUUCCUAGAGGUGAAGUAGAUAGACGUGAAUUCAUUGAUAGACUGGGCCCUGAUACCAGACAUAAAAGUAAAGUUUUUCCUCCGGAGCCAGAAUAUGAACCUCCUAGUCUGGAAUUUACAGAAAAACCUAUACUUUCACCUGAUGAAUAUAAGGAAAAGAAAUAUAAAGUGAAGAAAAAUGUUGUUUCUAGUCAUGACAUGUUGCAUACUGGUCAUAAAUACAAAGUCAAAGAUGACUGGUUUGGCAAAAGAAAAGGCCAUUAUGCGUCAAAUCCUGAAAUAGCCAAUGAAAGAGAGGAUGAUUACGCUAACCUUCGUUAUGAAGCAAAACACGCCGAAUCGUAUCAUAAUUCGUUGCGUCGUGGGAAAAAUAAGGACAGAUACUACAAAGAAGACUUUGGUAUAAGACGACAUGACUCGGGAGACAGCAGAGAAUACUAUCGUGAUGACAGGUCUCCUCGGCGAUAUGAUAUAGAUAAUCGUUUGGUCGAUUCAGGAAUCGAAAAUGAUUUUCGUAAAGAUUCUAGUGGUGAACUUCACAGAUCAAGACACAGACGGCAUGAAAGUGAUGAUGACAUGAGAAACGUAUCUUUGUUUUUGGCUAGUGAGAGAAGGCAUACGGAAGACAAUUAUCCUAGCGAGCAAAUUUACGCUAAUGGUGAAUACUUAGCAAGAUUCAAAGACUUUAGGGAGGAUGGUUACAGAAAAGAAUAUGAAAGAGAUAAAAGUAUUGAUAACAUGUCUCAUUUAGAACCAAAAGGUGACAGAUAUGACAAAAGUCCCAUUGGACAUGAUAAUAAAGUCAGUGCGAAACCACCAAAAGCUGCAAAGAAAUUAUCUGGACUUGAAAAGAUGAAACAACUGUUCUCUCGCGACUCUUCAAAGAAGAGCAAGAAAGAGAAAGAAGUAGUCCAGCCAAAGACUCGCACCCGGGUGCUCAAGAGCCCUGAACAUCUUGCUAGAGACGACUCUGAGUAUAGAAGGUACACAGACCCUGAGCCGAGUGAUAUCGUCGUAAGGAAAAUUGAUUACGAAUGCAAAGCAGACGAAAGGAGAUUCCGAAGCUCCAGGGAGGAUCUGGAUCAGUACAGGAUUUCGGAUCCCCGAGACAGUCCUGAAAGAAGAUAUAGAGAUACGGAUUACAAUGGAAGAUACGAUAGAACAUUGAAAGAGGACAGAAGAUACAGGGAACGUAAAGAAGAAAAGAGACGAUACCACUCCUCGGACAGGGAGAGCGACCACCACUCAAGACCCUCGGACGCUGAAAGUGACCUUCGCAAGUCAAGGUCUAGAACGGCUGGACCACUUGACUCUCCUGCUUUGGCUGAACGAUAUCGCGAGAGACGGCGGCUCGCCACCCCCAGUCCAACCCCGUCCCCCCCACGACGGCAGCCCGCACCGCCGCCCGCGACCUCCGCUGGCAACUGGUUCAAGUCACUCGACAGGCUCACCGCCAGGAAACGAGGGAAGAGUGCCAGCGCCAAGGUCGAGAAAGAAAGCAUUAUAACUACAGAAGAUGAAUCAACAAGGAAACCCUGGUCGAAGUCAACUAAGCCCCUCAACUCGCCAGCAAAGAACCUUCGUUUCUUUGGUGACACCGAUGUGGAUUCUGAUGCAAACGUGAAACAAACAGUGACAAAAACGAAAAGCCAUCCAUUAAAAACUCAUGGGACCUUGAGAAAAACUAUAUCUAACUCGAGCACUGGAAUCGAUGAGGUCGACCAUAGUGAAUUGUCGAAUAAGAGCUAUUCUCUAUCAAACCUGCAUAGAGAAGAGAAGAGCGAGUCACCCAAAAAUAGAUAUUACAAGAGAAAUCUACAAAAUAUUUCGGAGAUACACAGCAAUUCGGAGACUGAGAGCCAAUUCGAUAGGAAGGUGAAUAUGAAGCCACCAAUAAGUCCAUAUGAGAGAUCCAGGAGCCACAGCAGUUCGAAGACACUGAUGGGGAGCAAGAAUGAUGUGAGGAGACAAAGGAAAGAAGAUAGGGGUAGCUCUUCGGAGUUGAGAAGCAGCAACCAGGACCUCAACAGGGAUCUGAAACACCGGCGUCGCACGCCGGCCACCAACUCUGGGGAGAGCAGCACUGAGGGUGACUCCAGUCACCAGUCGCAGCGGAGUGUCGUCUACUUGCAUGCGACCACUGUUGGUGACAUUCCGGAUCCAGGAAGACUGACGCGCAAUCGUUCCCGGGACGACGUCUCUUCGGUGAACUCUUCAAACAUUCAAGUCCGCAGCACCACAAAGAGUUUCUCAAUAUUCGCGCCAUGGACCCCAAGACAUUACAAUGAUCAACACGAUGUCCAUUACGCUCAGAGACCGCGAAAAGUAAAACCUAAAGAGAUCCCCUCCAAAAAAACGUCAUCGACAAGAAAUCUUGUUGAAGAUAGACCUACACUGCAGAAAAACAAGUCAUUUAGUCAGACAACGUUGACUAGAAAACCGCAAAAUAGUCGAUUAACAAGCUCCAGUACAACACUAUACAGAAAACCGGAGAAACGUAAAGAAAUCGACCAAAAUACAACACUAUCCCGCAAGUCGGUUACGCGGGACGGUAAAAAAAGUCAAUCGAGCGAAAUUUUAAAUCGAGAUAGUCGCGACAGAGUUUCCCGGUCAAUUUCAAUGCCUAAAGACAAUAAUAAAAAAGCUGGCUGGUUUAAAUUAUCUAACAAGAAUAAAAAACAAGAAAUUAAUACUAGAGUGCGUUAAAUAUUAGAUAUAUAUUUAUUUACAAUCUCUUACCACAGACACUUCGAAUUUCUACGAAUAGCUGGAAAUAAUAAGUAUAGCCUAAGUUACUUAAAAUAAUAUCUUUUAAAGGACUGCGCUCUAAAAUUACGCGCCAAUCUAAUAAAAUGGCAACACCAAAAAGCUGUUACUAUUUUAUUAAUGGCGUUGCUAGAAAAAGCCAGCCAGUGAAAGUUUAUGUAAGUUUUUAAAAGUUAGUCUCACUUAAAUCACCUAGUAGCGUCGUAAAUUAACAGCAGGAACUGGUGCUAUAAACGUAAGAUUUUAUUUUAAUUAAUUUGUGGUUACAAUCAAAAGUGCCAUGACCACUUUAAUGUUACCAUUUUCUUAAUGAGUAAAAUUUUCCGUAAGGCUGUACAAAAUAAGGGUUUGUGAAAACAUAAUUAGCCAUAAAUGAUUUACAUGCCAGUUUUUGUCUGCGACUUUGUUCGCGUGACUGGGAUGGAUUAAAUGUAACCUAUAUCCUUCUCCAUUGCAGUAACUACGUGUAAAGUAUAUCAUCAUGACGAUAUGGUGCCAAGAGGUGUGUUUAAUAAACAAACAAGCAAAAUCACAUUUUACUUUAUAAUACCAAUAAGGGUUAUAAAUGUAAAAACAGUUCCUCUUUAUAAAAUUUCCAGUAAAAUCUCACACACAUCAUUUGGAGGAACAAUAAUUAUCUCAACUUUAUAUUCUCCUCUGUUUUAUUGAAAAAAAAGUACAUAUGUGUUGAAGGUAAAUUGUUUAAUAUAAUGAAAAAUAUAUUAACAUAUAAAAUAUUAUUCUUACAUUUCAUUAGCUCUUUAUAAUCUUGGUAAAUCUUGGUUGCAUCAAAUCAUACCAAAUAUUACCUAGAGAGUAGGAGUGAGGAAUCCAUAUUAAAAAUAUCUAUACCAAAUACCCGUACGUUGCAGUAAAAAAAUAUAGGUUACAUAAAAAUAAUGGUUAAUUUUGUAUUUCAGAACGUAACAAUCAGCUUUGCGGAAAUGUGAUAAAUAGUCAUAUUAAUUUUUAAGUUUAUGUAAUAAAACGCUUCCAUCACUGUACUAAUAGACUUUAAUAAAUGCAUUGUUUUUUUUUUUAUAUUAAUUAAAAUAGUUCGUUUGUGAGAUCUUUCCUCAUUAGAAACAUCUCCAAACGAAUCCUAGCUCUAUAUUAUAAUCUUAAUUUAGUAUUUCUAGGAAUUGACGCUUCUAAUACAUCGAAAUGUCUUAUUAAUAAAUAUGAAUGAAGAAAUUUUAAUAUGUACUUAUUUGUAAUGUGAAUUAUAAAUAAAAUUUCAUUAAGAA